AUGGCGACUCUUUCCUCCGGUGAGGUCAAGAAGCAGAGCUUCCUCAAAUCAAAAAUCUGGGCCGCAAGAAUACUCCUCACCAAUGUCACUCAUGCAGAACUGCUGGCCAAAGAAGCAACGAGAAGCAAGCCAUGGCCGCCGCAGGACACGGGGACGCUGCAUGACAUUUCAGAAGCUACUUUCGACAUCGAUGAUUUCUUCAGAGUCGUGGACGUUCUGCACGACAGGUUCGCCUUCGCCUCGUCCUCUUAUCUUGUUCCGCCUGAGGAGCUCUCAAAAGUUGUAGCGUGGACAACAGAUGAGUUGGAGAGCGAUAAGGAAGUGAUACAGAAGAUGUGCAGCUUCCAUUGCUAUGAUGAAAUGGGGCAUAAUUGGGGGUCGAUGAUGAAGAAGAAAUCAGAGAGGGUGCUGCAGCUGAUGGAGAAGGGACCAUUCCAGAAAGAAGAGCGCGACCGGCUCCGACAGACUACUCGGAGGAUUCAAGGCUUUGGUAACUCCAGUUCCGAUUGUCCACUCCCCGGCAGGGCUGAAGAGGCCUCAGAAGUGAAGCACCCAAAAGAGGAUUAG